CGGUUCUGCCAGCGCGGGGCCCCGCCGGGCCCGGCUUGGCGCCAACGCGCCCUGAGGGGAAGCGGCCCCGGUGGGGGGGAGCGGCUCUGCUCGGCGCUGCCCGCGGUCUGUCACCUUCGCUUUGUGCUCCUAGCCGAGUCUGUGGUGGGAGCACAGACACGGAGGUGGUGCGUCAGCUCGGGACGCGGUGCCGCUUUUCCCUCCUUGCAGUCGAGGUAGUUUGUGUUGACGAGGCCGAUAGGUGUUGCUGAAAUCCCCCAGAGGAGUUCUUCCGCAUUUAUAGUUAGUAACUCAUAUCGGUUGGAGCGCCCUUUGGGGUCUGUAAGCACAGUGUCUUUGAGCCGUCCGUGAGUUUUGAAAACACUGAUGAGACUGAAGCGCUUUGGACGAAGCACGUAUGCUGUGAGGACUCAGAAAUGUGCUGUGAAUAGGGCUCAGAGCACACACAGAAUCUAACAACCAGUGUGCUACAGCAUUCUUCCUCCUGACCUAAGUUUGUUCCUGAAAGCAGUGUUUUCUGGGGCUUUUCUCGGUCUGUGUGCAAGAAAUUGUUGAAAUACCUCAUAAUAAAAUGCUACUUUAAUUAAAGAGACUGGUGACUCAUUUCCAGGAUAUGUUUCCAGUUUCAAUUAAUCUGAGAGAAGUUCUUAAGUUGUGUUAUUGUUCUAAGGCUGCACGGAUUCUUCGUGUCAGUCAGCUCUGCUGCAUGCCACCUCCUGUUACUUGGUGCCAAACCUGUGCAAGAGCUCUGCAGUGCCAACCCGAUCCCUGCGCCAGUGGUUCGCCCUUGUUGCAUAAUAUUACUUCUUAGAUGUUGCAUUUGCAGACAAAUCUGCUCUCCUUUUUAAUGGCAAGGCUUCUUUACUAUUUAUGCUAUUUAAUGGAGUUAUGUUGAUGAUCGGUGCUACUUUCAGUUAAUGCAUGAACUUAACGGGGUGCUGACCUGUGUAAAGGCAGGUGUGAAUGCCUCGCCCAUAAGCUAUGCAGCCGAGUGUUAGCUUUCCUGAUCUGCUGUCCAGUAUUUUUCAUCUAGUGCUUACAUAGUCCUACAUAAAAGUGAUAAUUCUGUUAGAGUGAAUGAGUGAGAAUUUAGUUCUGAGCGCAGCACAAUCCAGAGAAAAGCCAAAGGUGCCAGAAUUAAAAUGGUUUGCUGUUAGUACAUCAGUAUAACUUUCAUUAUACGCAAGUGUGGGUACUUUAAACCUGUGGUAUUUACAUUGAGAUUUGAGCUGUGACGUGUGGACUCUUUGCCAAAAUGUCUUUGGAGGGGUCUGAUUCUGUUAGGAACCAUUACAAAACUGCUUGAGUUUAUCCCACACAGGUCACUGUUAAAUGAUAGGACACGAGGUAGAAUUCUGCUGACCCUUUGAAGAGACACCAGCGUAUGGAGAUAAGCGUAGGUUUAGUGUGGGCCUUUCAGUUCCCGUAGGAGUUACAAAACUGUAAUUGAAACAAGAAGUUGUGUUUGAAAAGUUGUUCAGAGUUCAAGUAUUCCACUCAGAUGUAAAGAAAAAAAAAAAGUCGGUCCUGUUAACUCUAAUAGUGGUCAAAGCAGAGUGCUUGAUUAAGGUUUUAAAUAGUUGGCACUAAUUGUUUAAACUCUGUACUCACAAGAAGUAUAUUACCAUGGUAGGGGGAGGUGUAGAAAAUUAACCAGAAAUUGCUGUUCUAAAUUUGGCGGGCUACUGUGCUAUGUUGAAAUCAGUGGGCUAACAGCAUUUCUGAAGGUUGGGCCUGGGGAAGUGGGUUGGGUUUUUAAUUUAUUUUUGUUUCUUUCCACCAUUUCAAAAAAGCCGUGCUGAAAGGGUGGUCUUUUUUGGAACGUAAAUGGAUGCCAGAGCUGUGAGUCUUGAGCAGGCUUCCCGCGUGAUUGUGCUGCGUGUUGCUUGAGCAGGGGAACCUCCUUCCUCGCCGUCUUCUAGGACUUUGUGCUGGGGUUCUUGGAGGUGGUUACAGAUCCUUAUCAUGCCUUCAGUUCACAUCGCUGCAGUUUGUGCUGUUCCAGCGCACCUGCGUCUCCUGUAGGAACAUGCCUCAGUAGCAUCGCGCUGGCAGCCGUGUAGUCCCCCUGUCCGCAGCUGUUCCUCAGCAGCUCUGGUUUGUGCCCGCUGGCUUUGACAAACGUGGGUGCGCUGCUGCAGCAGUAGAAGGGGAGGAAGGGCCACAUGUGGUCUCCUGAGAGUACAGGCCUAAAGAUGCUGUGGUGUUUUAAGUCAAACUUAAAAACUGUUCCUUCUGCCUGCAGACUGCUGCUGUACCUGCAGGCGGUGCUGCGUAGCCCUCUGACAGCACGGCGUUCCCUUGCAGAUCACAUGCAGUUUGAAUCUACUAUGGGGUACAAAAAUGUGCUAUGAUCUCCUUCUAAAUCAAAGUAAACCAGCAGUAAUAAUUUGAUGUGAACUUUAAUAACCAGGUAACUGUGGCACCCGGCUAAUGGCACUGCAGUACCCAUUGUAAUAUUGAGAUGUGGAAGUUCUGAUUUUAAGUGUAUUUUAAUGCACUAUAUAGAGAAGUUCGCUUUUGAUAGUGUCACUGUGCUGUUGCAGUGUCACAAAAUGAUCUCGGGGGGGGGAGGGGGAGGAGCUGAAGGAUUUUUCUGGGAAAAAGGAAUUCUGAUUCUGCAAAUCCUUGGUGAGUGCCAAUGCCAGUGGUGAGGAAGCGCUGAGGAAGGGGUGGGGCGUGUUAACCUGAGGGUUUGCUGCCCUCGCGGCAUUGGUCCAUGGGGGUCUGCCAAGUAGAAGUCAGCUUUAGGCUGAAUGCUCCUAUUUGUUGGUAGGAAGUGUCUGAAUGCAUACAAGUGUUGUGUUGGAAAGGCAGCAGCGUUCCCUGAUGUAGUGCAGUGUUGGCAUAAAGGUGAUUUGUACAGAGUUCAGCAGUGCAGAGCUGCUGGCUCUGUAGCUCGUCCACCAGGUGGCCCAUGCGUGCUUCCAAGGACCAUGAGAGAUGUGAAGCUUCACUGCUAAAUGCAUUUGUGUCCUUGUAACUGAAGUUAAAGCUCUACAUCUUGAAAAAUAUGGGAGCUUGUGUGAUGUUUUGUGCUUGUUUGAGAUACAGACUUUAUAGUGACCAAAGAGCAUGUUGGUUAAUGGGUGGCGAAGUGAGGCCCAAGUGCUGGCUGGGGCUUGUCCUCUGUGCCGAGCCCUGCACAGCGUGGGUGCAUGGGGUGCUCUGCACGCUGGGCUCAGGGGAGGCCCCAAGAGAAUGGUCCCUUCAGUCUCUACCUGUAAUUCCUAAGCUUCACUAUUUCUUCUCUGCCGAUGUUUAAAAACAAAAUUAAGUAUAAGGAAAAGGAAUUGUGUUUCUGAAUUAGUUCCUAACUUCAGCGUUUUGGGUUAAGCACUAGCUAGCCUCGGCGUGGUAUUAGAUCUCCAGAAAACAUGUGCGUGUGUGUGCUCUUUUCCCUUCUGAAAUGCAACCUGUGUCCCAAAGAAGGGUGCUGCUGGAUAAGGGGAAGACUGCUCAUUUACUUCACUGCUGCACUUGACAGAUGCCUUCUGUGCUAUUGUUUCAUAUUGUUACUCCAACAGGAACAGUAGAUUUUUCUCUUAUUCCUGUUUCUCUUUUGCUUUUUCUUUUCCUGGAGGAGAGUCAGCUGUUGUUUCUUCCUUUGCAUCUGACCGUGCUGCUUGCCUUCCUGCCCGCUGUCUGUAUUUGUGCUGUCCUUGCUGCCUUCCUGCUCUUCUGCCCUUGUCUGACUGGACAAGACUCUGUGUGUGGGCACAGAUAUGGGGUGUUAUUCUGGUGGAGGGGACGCUGAUGCCAGCAGCCACUUCUGCUCCUCUUUGUGUCUCUGCUGACACGUUGAGGUUCUGCAUUUGCAUAUUUUCCCCCUUCCUGCUUUCUAGUUUCUUCUAAAAUCAGUAGCUUUCAGCUUACUGAGCAACAUACCACACAGAUUUUGCCGGUUGACCCAGGUGCAGAGAACUUUCUAAACAAGUUGGCUUUGUGUCAGAAGCAUAGGUUUAAGGAAAGAGAUUAAAGAAUGUUCCUGCUGGGAUUUCUUUCUGAACUGUGUACUGUUAAUUUGUGUAGGAAAUAGACAGCAUGGCCUUGCUGUUGUUAGUCACAUGGGUUAGCUCUUGCCUGGGACUGGAAAGUAAUUGCUGAACGUGAUGGUGUUCUUGCCAUCUGGUAGUGUAAAACAAAGAUACCAAACCAAAAACUUAGUAAUAUAUUUUUGUUAGUAACACGACUCAGGGUUUAGUUCUAAAUUUUAUUACUGAGCAUGUUUAAUAGCAAGCAUGAAAUAGAGUGGAUUUAAGUCUUUAGUGCAAUAGGAACGUAGCUAGGUGUCUUUUGUCAACACAUACUUUUAUAUGCUUUGUAUUACGUUGAAUUUUUACUUGAAUGCUUUAGGAAAAGAUUACCUAAAGAUGAUGCAAAGGUUUUCCAGCUCGUGUCUCCGUCCUUUCGCCGUCCUCAAAUUGUGCUUGAAUAGUUUUCAGUAACUGUAGACAGCUGAUGAAGGCAGUAACAUUUGUUUUCGGGCAGACAUUUCAGUCUGUUGCAGAUAGCACAGUAACAUGCCUGUGGCUUCGUGCUCUAGAUAGGAACCCAGACAUUAUUUCAGGGUGAACAAAAUGAAGUGAUAGCGAUGGGCAAGGUGUCAGAAAGGUGCUGUGUUUUGUAUUUGUCGGAAUGCCUUUGCAUGGUGGUACUUCUUAUAUAUGUACAGGCAUUUCUGGAUAAGUGAUUGUAAUGUCUUUGUCCGUGUGGCAUGGCAGCUCUGACAGUACCACUUGAAAGCUGGACAAAGCAGCAGAAAGCUGCAGUAUCAGAUGUCACUAGUAGAUUUGGGAAAGAAACUUCUAGAAGCUGCACGAGCGGGACAAGAUGAUGAAGUUCGCAUUCUGAUGGCAAAUGGAGCGCCUUUUACCACUGAUUGGUUGGGAACAUCUCCACUUCAUCUGGCAGCACAGUAUGGACACUACUCAACGACGGAGGUGCUGCUGCGAGCAGGUGUAAGUCGGGAUGCCAGAACGAAAGUGGACAGAACGCCGUUACAUAUGGCAGCUUCAGAAGGCCAUGCCAGCAUAGUAGAAGUCUUACUUAAGCAUGGUGCUGAUGUCAAUGCUAAGGACAUGCUCAAGAUGACUGCACUUCACUGGGCUACUGAACAUAACCACCAAGAAGUUGUAGAACUCUUAAUAAAGUAUGGAGCAGAUGUUCAUGCUCAGAGUAAAUUUUGCAAAACUGCAUUGGACAUUGCAAUAGACAAUGGAAACGAAGACCUUGCGGAAAUAUUGCAGAUUGCAAUGCAGAACCAAAUCAAUACGAAUCCAGAGAGUCCAGAUACUGUGACAAUACACGCAGCAACGCCACAGUUCAUCAUUGGACCUGGAGGGGUGGUGAACUUAACAGAUGAGACAGGAGUGUCUGCCGUGCAGUUUGGAAAUUCAUCAACUUCAGUAUUAGCCACGUUAGCAGCUUUAGCAGAAGCAUCAGCCCCACUGUCUAAUUCUUCAGAAACACCAGUUGUGGCAACAGAAGAAGUGGUGACUGCAGAAUCUGUGGAUGGUGCUAUUCAGCAAGUUGUCAGUUCUGGAGGUCAGCAAGUUAUUACUAUAGUUACAGAUGGCAUUCAGCUUGGUAAUCUGCAUUCAAUUCCAACCAGUGGAAUAGGGCAACCGAUAAUUGUGACCAUGCCAGAUGGACAGCAAGUAUUAACAGUUCCAGCGACAGAUAUUGCUGAAGAAACAGUGAUAAGUGAAGAGCCACCAGUCAAGAGACAGUGCAUUGAGAUUGUUGAAAAUCGUGUGGAGUCUGCAGAAAUAGAAGAAAGAGAAACUCUUCAGAAGCAGCUGGAUGAAGCAAACAGAGAAGCACAAAAAUACCGUCAGCAGCUUCUAAAGAAAGAACAAGAAGCAGAGGCCUAUCGGCAGAAGUUAGAGGCAAUGAACCGCCUCCAGACUAAUAAAGAAGCUGUUUAAUAAAAAAGAACAUACUGCAAAGCCUGUUACUUUCAAAAACGUGCAGUACAAUCUUGAACUGUACUCUGUAUAGGUGCAGACACAGGAUUUCAUGAUAGAGAAGAUGCUACAAGUCGAUAACUGGACUUAAGCCGUGAGCUCUGAUGAAUUUCUUGUAACAUAAAAACUCUGAAUUUAGAAAUUGUGAAAAGUAUUUAAAAUGAAAUACUGUAAAUAGUUGUUUUUUUUACAGUUUCAAAAUAAGUUGAUAAAUCUUUUUGAAGGGAUCCAGAAACACGAAGCCAAUGUUUUUGUGAAAUUUUUGAUUUUAGUAUGAAUCUAACUUCUGAAAAACAGAACAGUUUUAAGGGUGAUGUUGUUGAUUCAUCUGACAACUUGAAAAUGAAUUAUGUGACAAAAUGAACUAACAGUUAUUUCUACGUGGUAACAACUUCUCUGAAUAAGACAUUUCCAGGUGGAAAUCUUUGUACAGCUUUAAGUAGUUGUCUCAGAUUCUCUGAAAACCAUUUUUUGGGUUUGGUUUUUUUUUUUUAGGCGGUGAAAUUUUUAUAUUUAAUUUCAGAUAUAUCCAGGUAGAUUUACAUGUAUAUGAAGCUAAUAUUUUUUAAACUUUUUGUUUGUACAUAUGCUGCAUGUUUUUAUAAUUUCUACACAUACAACUCGCAUAGGUAUUUUUCAGCAAAGAUGAGGGCAAAUUAUGAGAACAAUGUUUAGCCUAUAGGUCAUUGGAAGUAAGCUAGCAGCUGGUUUUAUUGUGGAUGAUAUGUUUCUUGAAGAAUGUAAUUUGUAAUUAAAAAACGAAACCAAAAUCUUAAUUUACGUAAGAGACGAUUUGAAGUUUGUUGGUGGAGGCAUUGCAGCUUCACUUUGUGUGUCUUGCAGUUCUCAGAGACAAACGUUUUAAAGUUCAGAAAUGAAUAGAAACGAAUGUCUCCACUGGAACACGACUAGUUAUUUUAGAGUAUUCCUACUGAUCUGUUUUCCCCAAUAGCCUUGAAAUCAUUUCAGUGAUACUUUUUUUCUAAACAGACUUUUGCAUUUUAAUUAUGCAAUUGGACAAGUAAUUUUUUAUGUUUUAGUGAUGCUACUCUUACUCGGCAUCAUUGUUCUUCACUGUGAUACUGUGUUUGUGUGUGUCUGUGCAGUGAUAUAUUACGCUUAGGAUUUAUAUAGCACAUCACAUCUUCAGAGCAUCAUAAAAUCUUUUAAAGAACCCUUACUGUACUGCCUGAGGCAGGUAAGUGAGUGUUAUUGUCUCAGUUUUAUAACUGGUAUAAGCGCAACACGGGGAGCGUUGAAGACCCUUGGACCUUGUUGCUCCAAGACCACAAGAAUCUGUGGUAGACCUGGGAAGAGAUCUCAGGGGUUCCUGGCUUCUGGUCCUGUGCUUAGACUGAGCUGCCUUAAGAUUGUUCAGUGCUGUGUUACAUCAAAUUUUAAACUACUGUGCAGGUUCCUUUUUUUUGUAAGAUAAAACUCUUUGCGCUUUGCUUUGUUGUUCCAUGUUUCACUGCUUUUAUGGAAUUGUUUAUAUAAAGUUAAGCAAAAAGUCUAGUUUACCUAUACUGUAUACAGGACAAUUACCCUUAAAACUGUACUCUGGCCUACUUUUUCUAUUUUACAAUUAAAUAUCUUUUCCACAUA